AGAAUAAUUGUUUUUGUCUUUUUGUAUCCUUGCCAGUUGCCACGCCCCUACUCUCUCCUGCUCUCUGUUGUUUGUUUUGCGCAGAGUUGCAGACCUCUCUGUUGUUGACUACACCGAGAAAAAUUGGGCUCCAAGCAAAACCUAAUUUGCAGUUUUUCUCACUCACCAACGACGAGCUAAAAGGGUACUCCGUAUUUCAAUUUGAAGGUUAAGUUGCUUACCUGAUUCUGGACUUCUGAAACAAUUGUUGGUCACUUUCAGUUGCUCUGUCUCAAAAAUGUCUGAUAAUGCCCCGAAAAUCACUCAAGAAAUUUGGUCGGAAAUUUGGAAAAAACUGCCAGUGAAAACCCUAGGCCAAUGUCUGUGUGUGUGCAAACCCUGGAACACUAUCGUCACUUCCUCUUCUUUUGUGGCUGCUCACACCCAGAAUUCUUCUCAAGGCGAGGGCGAUUCUCUUCUCCUGUAUAAGCAUUUCACAAAUGCUCCGCAGAAAAAUGAAGAGUACACGUUCUUUCUUGAUUCAUCCAAAAAAGAGUCAGACCUUGAGCCUCGCUACACCUUAACUUGCCCCUUUAUGGCUAGAGAUGGUGGGAAUUAUUUCCGUGUAGUUGGUUCUGUUAAUGGUCUGAUUUGUCUCUCUGAUGAUUUGUUUGGGUACACCUACCUUGUAAUCCUUUGGAAUCCCUUGCUUCGCAAAUACAUCAGACUUCCUGUGCCGAGAGUGAAUUAUGUUCUUAAGGGUGCCCACAUAUCUUCUUUUGGCUUUGGGUAUGAUUCUAGGAAGGCUACUCACAAGGUGGUGCGAGUAAGUUACAUGCGUGUAAAAGAUAAAGUAAUGGACGUGACUCCUCCUCUUGUUGAGCUGUACUCAGUUAACGAAGGGAAAUGGAGGAACAUUUCUGCUGAUGGUGUGGUGGAUAUUUGCAUAUGUGACUACUGGUGGUCUCAAUGCUUUCUUAAUAGGGCUAUUCACUGGGUUGCCUGGGAGAGGGAUGCUACCACCUUUGCUUUCUGCAGAAACUUGUUUCUGAUUUUUGAUGUGGAGGAGGAGAAGUUUAAGAGGAUGAAAUUUCCUGAUGCCAUUGCCAAAGAAUGCACACUUGAUCUGAGUGUUACAGAGUAUUGUUCCAAGUUGUCAGUUUUUCAUUCUGUACUAAAAGGAGGCGCUGCAGGGAAUGAAAUGAAACGCUGUGAAAUCUGGGUCAAGGGAGAGUAUUCUGUGGGGAACUCGUGGAGCAAAAUGGUUAGCAUUGAGAUCAAUUCAAGUGCAAGUUUUGGUUGGGUUCAGUGCUUGAGGAAGAACGGAGAUGUAUUGGGGUUUACUAAGAAAGGAGAUCUUGUAUCCUAUGAUCCACUGAUGAAAGAGAUCAAGAGGAUGGGUAUUCGUGGGUGUUGGCGCUCCUGGUUCACUUGUUCUUAUACUGAGAGUCUGACUUUGUUGGACAGAAAGAAUGGUGUGGGUACUUAUGAUAAGGCUACAGGGCAGAAGAAGAAGCUAAAAUACGAAUUAAAGGUUCUCCCCAAUGGUUUUCUGGAUAUGGAAGAAAAGGUGGUUGACGGAAAACGUGGAUGUAAAGGUGACCAGUCUGGUGGACUUGGUAGCUCUGCCUAUCAUCAGGGAAAGUUCAUACUUAUGGAGCAGUUGAUGAAACUUGAUGGAGGUACCAUGAAUAGGGAACCUGAAGAGUACUGUUCUAUGGCUGAUAUGGAUCUUUCAGAUUUUAUUUCCAAGGCUAAGUCCAUGGCUACAUAUUUGGCUGCGGGUGGCCGAUGAAGCUGCUCAGACUCGAGCUCGUCAGUGCCAAUUUGCUGUUUUGCUGCCCUCCCUUAAAACUUUGCAUACAAUCGGAGUAUCUAGUAAUUAAAAAGCUUUUGGAGAAACAAUUACUCUUUUGGGAUAUUAGAAUUUUGAACUUUGCGUGGUUUUGCUUGAAUUGCAGUUGCCUGUAAUUCACUAUAUUCUGACUUUUGUGUCUGACCUUUCCUUGUGAACAUGGUACAAGUGUUUUCUGCAGGAUGUAAAACCUUAACAAGGUGAUAUACAUGGUAAUGUGUGCAAGUGAUAUAAAGAGAGUACGUUUUCUUAAA